AUCGCUCACGCCGCCACCCUGAAGUUCAUUGUUAUUAUCUUGGCCGCCGGGAUGGUGGCCUUCAUCGGAGCGGUUAUCUGCAUCAUCGCAGCCGUCCACACCGGAUCCUCCAGGGCUGCCGCGGCGCAACAGCAACCAGCAACCGACAACCACUCGCUGUAUCCGGACGCGGCGGCGCAGACCCCCGCUGCAGGGGGCUCCGUGGCCCGGGCCGGGUCUUUGGGCGCUCUCCAUGGUUCUGAAACACCCGAUUCGGAGGCACCAACCUUCAACAUCGGGCUCGGCGGGCUGGACGGGGUCACUGGACUCACCGGGCACGACCCAACCGUCAGUCGACUCAUCUGCACGCCGAUUCCCGCCGGGGAGUGCAACCCGAAAAACUUUCAGCAACAAGCGGAAGACCCGUCGCUGUACGCCGGCGAAGACUGGGGCUACCUCCGCACCACCGCGGAGGAGCUCCGCCAGACGGUCCUGCAGCAGAAGGACCAGAUAUUAACGGACCAGCGGACCAUCAGAGAGCUGACGGGGAAACUCACGGAGUGCGAGAAGGGUCUGGACGGAAAGAGCAGCAGCGCGGACAGACGCGGGAGCGCUGCGGGGCUGCUGGGGGGCAAAAGCACGGCUGAGGAGACGCACCUGGAGCGGAUCAUGGUGCGGGACAGUCCGGCUUCGACGUCCGACAGUGUCCACUUGCUCACCGUCAGAGCUGUGGAUGAACUGGAGCAGGCUAUCACUCAGCUCAAAGACCGCAUAGAGAAGCUGGAGUCAGACAUUGGCCCAUUUCCUCACAACCAGACGGACGGUAGCACCUCAGGAGUGCCAGAUGAAGGCGGAAUGUCUGUCGGCCCAGAAAGGUUGGCUGAUCCCGGGCCCAGAGCUGGUGCUGACAGGCCCUGGAGGAUGGAAGACUUGGAGGGGGAGCUGGAGAGGAAGGUGGAGCUGCUGGACAAAGAAAGAAAAGCCCUGAGGCUGGAAACAGAGAAACACAGACAGGAAAUCGACCGGGGCAUCAAUAAACUACACCACAGAAUCUCAGGACUGGAGGAAGGUAUUUCAGGCCAUUCUUUCCCAGAGGGAUACAGACUUUCCUUCCCAACUCGGACAAACUACAUGUACGCUGUUGUGAAACACUCCAUCCCGACUCUGCGGGCUUUCACCAUUUGCCUUUGGCUGCGGCCUGCAGAGGGAGGAAUUGGGACCCCUUUGUCUUACGCUGUUCCUGCGCAACCCAACGAACUGGUGCUGCUGCAAGGCCUGCACACCCCCACUGAGCUGCUCAUCAAUGACAAGGUGGCGCAGUUGCCUCUAAACCUCUCCAGAGGCAGCUGGCAGCACAUCUGUGUGAGCUGGAACCAGAAGGGUGGAGCCUGGCAGGCCUACCAGGGGGGAAAGCUGAGGGGCGAGGGUCACGCACUGGCAGCUGGACAUCACAUCAGACCUGGAGGAUUGCUCAUACUGGGGCAGGAGCAGGAUUCCCUGGGUGGUGGUUUUGACUCAUCCCAGGCCCUGGUUGGAGAGUUGUCCCAGGUGGGUCUCUGGGACCGAGUCCUGUCUUCUAGCCAGGUUGCCAGCUUGGCUCGCUGCGGCAAAGUAACCCAGGGCAGCGUUGCCCCCUGGACCGAGAACGGAGUUGAGGUUUAUGGUGGAGCAACUAAAGACCCGGGAGAGCCUUGUAGCAAACACAACAGGAGCUCUCAAUGACCGAUGGGGGAGGCUUUGAGAAAAGGGGAAGUGAAGGAAGGGCGGGGGGAGGUGUAGAGCAACAAUUUCAAGAAGGCAAGAUUCAGUUUGCCCAGUAACACAUACAGACAUACAGGAUUUUCUGUGGCAUGUAUUGAGCAUAUAUAUAUAUAUAUAUAUAUAUAUGUAGAGACAACAUGCAACAAAACUAGCAUGAUUAGCUAGCUAACAAACUGACACUAUCCAACUAUUAAGGGAAUUAUUAAACAUAUUGCGAAAUUUGCUUUUUCAGCAACCAGCAUAGCAUAAAGACUGCAAACAGGGGGAAACAGCGAGCCCAGCUUUGUCCAAAAAAAGACCAACAC